AUGACUUGGGAGUUGAACCGCCGCCGGUGGCUUCGAUCGCUCAACAGCCGCUUCAUCUACGGCCGCAUUCCGCUGUUGCACGCGAUCAUAUUCUUUAUCGAGAUGGCUCUCUUCGCCCGGCUCACCAGCCGGUUCAACGCGUAUUACGAGGAACGACCCCUCCUCACCAUGAUGGUGACCAACUCCAUCCUCGGCGGCAUCGCCGACACAGUAGCACAAACCAUCACCUCGAUCCGCGAACGUGCCGUCCGAAAACACCCCGGAGGUCGACUCAACCCGCGCGAAGACGCCCUCGCCAUCGAAAUCCACGAGCUCGACCGCAAGAACCCCUUCACCGACCGCGAGCUAAUCCCCGAGUCCAAGAUCCUCCCGCCGCCUUUCGACUUUGAGCGUCUGACCCGCUUCAUGGCCUACGGCUUCUGCAUGGCGCCGCUGCAGUUCCGCUGGUUCAAGUUCCUCGAGCGCACAUUCCCGAUUACUAAGACGGCUGCGUUCGGCCCGGCGAUGAAGAGGGUUGCGUUUGAUCAGUUGAUCUUUGCGCCGUUCGGUGUCGCGGCUUUCUUCACUGUGAUGACGGUGGCCGAGGGUGGUGGGAAGCGCGCUGUGUAUCACAAGAUGCGGGACAUGUACGUCCCGACACUUAAGGCCAACUAUGUGCUUUGGCCUGCUGUGCAGGUUAUCAAUUUCCGGCUUAUGCCGGUGCAGUUCCAACUGGUCGACUUCAACGUCCCGCUGGACGCCGACAAGAAGGUCACCAACCCGCAGCGCAUCGUCGGCGCCGUCCCCACCAUCAAGUACGCCAUCGACCAUGGCGCCAAGGCCGUCGUGCUCAUGUCCCACCUCGGCCGUCCCGACGGCAAGGUCAACCCCAAGUACUCGCUCAAGCCCGUGCUCCCGGAGCUCGAGAAGCAGCUCGGCAAGUCGGUGACCUUCGCUCCGGACUCUGUCGGCCCGGAGGUUGAGGAGAUCGUCAACAAGGCCGACAACGGCGAUGUUGUGCUCCUUGAGAACUUGCGCUUCCAUAUUGAGGAGGAGGGUAAGGGUGUUGAUGCCGACGGCAACAAGGUCAAGGCCGAUAAGGCCAAGGUUGAGGAGUUCCGCAAGGGCUUGACCAAGCUCGGUGACAUUUACAUCAACGACGCCUUCGGCACCGCCCACCGCGCUCACUCCUCCAUGGUCGGCGUCGACCUCCCGCAGAAGGCCUCCGGCUUCCUCAUGAAGAAGGAGCUCGAGUACUUCGCCAAGGCGCUGGAGUCGCCCAAGCGCCCCUUCCUCGCCAUCCUCGGCGGCGCCAAGGUGUCCGACAAGAUCCAGCUGAUCGACAACCUGCUGGACAAGGUCAACACGCUCAUCAUCUGCGGCGGCAUGGCCUUCACCUUCAACAAGGUGCUCGACGGCAUGUCGAUCGGUAACUCCCUCUUCGAUGAGGCCGGCUCCAAGACGGUGCCCCAGCUGAUCGAGAAGGCCAAGAAGAACAACGUCAAGGUCGUCCUACCCGUCGACUACAUCACCGCCGACAAGUUCGACGCCAACGCCAACACCGGCAAGGCCACCGGUGCCGAGGGCAUCCCCGACGGCUGGAUGGGUCUGGACUGCGGUGACGAGUCGGUCAAGCUGUACAAGGCUGCCAUUGACGACGCUGAGACCAUCCUGUGGAACGGUCCGGCCGGUGUGUUCGAGUUCGACAAGUUCGCUUCCGGCACCAAGGCUACCCUCGACGCGGCUGUCGCUGCGGCCGAGGCGGGCAAGAUCGUCAUCAUCGGUGGUGGCGACACUGCGACUGUUGCUGCCAAGUAUGGCGUGGAGAAAAAGCUCAGCCAUGUGUCGACUGGUGGCGGCGCCAGCUUGGAGCUGCUGGAGGGCAAAGAGCUGCCCGGUGUUGUCGCGCUGAGCGAGCGCCAGUAG